UCAACACUACUAUAUAACAAAUAAUUUGAGGUCAGUAUGUAAAGACAGUGAACUACUUAAACUACUGGUAACUGGUGAUGUCUGGACUACGUAAAAGAAUAACCAAAGUAGGACAGCAAGUUCUGGAUAACUAUUGUCAGAAAGGAGAUGAGAUCAGGGGACGAAUAAUGAUACCUCCGAUACCUGAUUCCAAAUUUAUAGACAAGCUGCCUGAAGAUGUGGAGUUAGAAGGACAGAAUGCUGCCGAGAGAGAGCUUCAGGAAGGGUAUGAAGCUGAAGUGAAGGUGUUCAGAUGUUUUGAGGAGGUUAAGAGUAAUGUCAUAGUUAUACAUCAGCUGGAUUACACUCACGAACAAUAUGCUGCAUUCCUGCCAGAUCAUCAGUGUAAUGUGAAAAUGUGCAAGAGAGGGUUAGAAACCCACGAUUGUCAUCAACCAAAGAAGAAUGUGGAGGGUGAGACUGAUUUUGUGGUGAUAGGAAUGAGUUUUGUGGCUGUGUUUGAAGUGAAAGGAUUGUCUCUACAGAGUUGUACUGAAGAGGAAGGUAAACUUAAAAUGAAGGGUUGUGUUGAGGAUGCCUCCAGACAAAGAAAGAGAAUGGUGGAUCUUAUCAGAUCAGUAGAUUCCUCUCUGAGGGUGUACGAGUUUACUUUGUUAAGUAACGUCUCUAGAGAAGAAGUAGAUGAGAAGUAUUUGUCUGAUGAAACUUUACUGUUCAGUGAAGAUCUCGACCACUUGGUUCAUAUCAUUGAUAGUUGUGAAGUGUCCUCAUCGAAUGCUUUAAAAUCGGGGAUAAUGAAGAAUGUGGCAUGGUGUUUGCUAGGUCUGUGGUGUAUUGAUCAAGAUAACAAAUGGGACAUCACCACUUGUAGCUUACCUAAAUGUAUAAUGGACAUUGACAGUAAACUUAGAAGAGCUCUUGUAACAAGAAAGUCAGUAGAUGAGGUUGCUGCUGAAGUGAACAGAUCUUCUGGUAAAAAUAAGGGGAGAAAGAAAACCAGUUCUAAGAAAGAGUAUCCUAAAAACCCUGAAAUGGUAGAUGCACCUAGUUUAUUCCAAAACUACCUUAAUAUUAAAAGCUUAACAAAAGAUCAGUUAGAUAUAUUUGAAAGUGAGGAGAGAUUCCUCUGGGUGGACGGCUCUGCUGGUUCCGGUAAAACUAUCGUAAUGCUUGGAAAAAUAAUCCAUAUGGCUUUAACAACAUCCCCUGAGAAAAGGAUCCUUUUGAUUAUACCAUAUGAUGUCACUAGGUUUAAAGAGUAUCCGAUGGUAGAACGUCACUUAAAUUUUCUAAACAAUAUCAUUGAGCAUGUUACUUUGUGUGAACAAAUAGCAUACGAUUAUGAAGAUGAUAAUGAUAAUGAUACUGUUGAUGAUAUAAAUGAUAAGGUUGAAGAAGCAGGCAGGUUAAUGUUACAACAAUUGUCAGAUAGUAGCAGUAAGAUUAUAUUGCUGGUAGUAAGGAGAGCACAUACAGCUGUAAGUAUGAAAAGUGUCAUGACGAAUUUCGAUUACGUUUUCGUGGAUGAUUUUCAAAGCUUACUUGAUUUUCAUCGAAUCCAUCUUGAGACAAAAAGAAAGUAUGCUGAUAAAAACACUAUAUUUGAGGGCAUACUGCAUAUCAUUAAGGAGAGCACAACUAGCAAGACUAGUGUUUGGAUACUAUGUGAUUAUGCACAAUCGGUCUUAUAUAAACUUGAACAAUUUAAAAACAGCGAAAUUGAAUAUCCAGUGUCAGCUUUUGGUGAUCAAUUGAGAAGUUUGUUUGUUAACUCAAAAAGAUUAACUGUUAAUCUUAGGAAUACUUGUGAAGUUUCUACUGUGUUAUCAAUAAUCAGAACGCAUCACGAAAGAAUUGUAUUACCUGAAUCUGAUCCAGUGACAUGGCCCCAACAGAAGGAAGGUCACUUUCUUCGUGGCACCAAACCAGUUAUCUACUUACUGGGUGAAAAUAAAGUUACUUCAAGGAUAGAUAUUUUGACCAGAGAGCUGUGGGAAUUGAAAGGGCCGAACAGUUGUCUUAAAAAUUCUGAUAUUGCAGUAUUAUUAAUAUUUUAUGAUGACACUACGAUGACUCCCCUAGAAAGUGUACUCGAGAGAUGGAACACACCAGACGAUAAGAUAACGUUUCUUCCACCAUCGUGGUCUCUGUCAGCUGAGUGGCCGGCUGUUAUCACAUUGUUCGAUUUUACAUUAUAUGCAAUCGCCGUUAAAUUAGCUGAUAACAAUGAGUUUGAUCCAACAGUGAGUUUUUUUCCUUUGCUAUACACUGCAAUCUCCAGAGCCAGAGUGUAUUCAACAGUGAUUCUAUUUGAUUACACGCCCAACACUUGUCAAUAUUUUGAUAAAUGUUUAGAAGAACUGAGGCGACGUAGUGAUGUGUGUAGGAUCGUUGAACUGUGUUGAUAGUUUGCAAUUAAUGUCAGUGUUAAUUGUUUAUGCCCAUGGUGUGUUAAUAAUACAUAGUUAAUAUGUAAUAUUAUAUUUGUCCCAACUUUAGGUGCAGAAUUUUAUGUAACUACGAUUUCGUGAAAAACAAUGUUUUGAAUAUUUUUUGAAAUACAAUUUAAUUUAUGGCAUAGUAGUCACUUUUCUUCCGAUUUAUUUCCCGUUUAAUUAAUUUACAAAGAUUUUAAAAGUUCUAUUAUUUUUGACAUACUUAUUAUAUUGCAUUUUUCUUUCGAUAACUUACUAAUCUAUCUAAUCGAUAACUUACUAAUCUAUCUAA